CCUGCGUUUGCUGCGCCGAAAGAGAAGGCUUGCGAGGCGCCCAGGUCCCGGCCAUGGCUCACAGACCGCCAAGGACUUUCCGGCAGCGUCGAGCCGACUCCAGUGACAGCGACAGCGCCGAGGAGCCAUCUGCUGAACCCGGGGCGCCGGAGGAGCGGGCAGUCCCGGGUCCUGAGGAGCAAGGGCCGCCCCCUGGAGGGGGCCGCGCAGAAGCAGCGGAACGGCCCCUUCGAGGCCGGGGCCCUAGGGGCCGGGGCCGGGGCCGGGGCCCGGUCUGGGCGACUUCCCGGCGCGCUGCCGGAGCGGCUACCUGCGCGGGCAGCGGCUCGGGCGUCCCAGAAUCCAGAACAGAUGAUCUUUCAACAGAUGAAGAGGACGGAACAUACAAUGCCUCAGAAAGUAAAGAUGAUCAGAGUUCAUCUUCGAACAGCUCUAGCUCUCUGGAAGAAGAAUUUUCAUCAGUAGUAAAUAUCCCUGAUGCAGCUUUUGUUCAGGCUGCCCGUAGAAAACGUGAAUUGGCCAGGGCCCAAGAGGACUAUAUUUCUUUGGACAUGAAACAUAAUUCCACCAUCUCUGAUAUGAAGAAAAACAGUGAUGAAGAUUCUGAGAAUGAGCCUGAUGACCAUGAAAAAAGAAUACUAUUUACCUCAAAACCUCAAACACUUAGACAAAGAAUGGCUGAAGAAACAACAAUCAGAAAUGAAGAAACAAGUGAAGAAAGUCAGGAAGAUGAAAAUCAAGAUAUUUGGGAACAGCAGCAAAUGAGGAAAGCUGUUAAAAUCACAGAGGGAAGAGACAUAGAUCUUUCCCACAGUAGUGAAUUUCAAACAGUGAAGAAGUUUGAUACUUCCAUUUUAUUUCCACCAGUAAAUUUAGAAAUUAUAAAGAAGCAGUUAAAUACUAGAUUAACAUUACUACAGGAUACUCACCGCUCUCACCUGAGGGAAUAUGAAAAAUAUAUAGAAGAUGUCAAGAGCUCAAAGAGUGCCAUCCAGAACCUGGAGAAUUCAUCAAAUCAAGCCCUACAUUUUAAAUUCUAUAAAAGCAUGAAAAUUUAUGUGGAAAACUUAAUUGACUGUCUUAAUGAAAAGAUUAUCAACAUCCAAGAAAUAGAAUCAUCCAUGCAUGCACUCCUUUUAAAACAAGCCGUGAACUUAACGAAACGCAGGCAAGAUGAAUUAAAACAUGAAUCAAUGUAUUUACAACAGUUAUCACGCAAAGGUGAGACAUCAGCAAAUGGAAGUGUGGCUAUAGGAAAAACUCAAUGGAUUUUAGAAGAAGUUGAAUCUCGAAGGGCACAAAGAAGACAAGCAAGGGCACUUUCUGGGAAUUGUGAUCAUCAGGAAGGAACAUCUAGUGAUGAUGAACCAUCUUCAGCAGACAUGACAGACUUCCAAAAAAGCCAAGGUGACAUUUUACAGGAUCAUAAGAAGAUUUUUGAAGAUGUGCAUGAUGAUUUUUGUAAUAUCCAGAAUAUUUUGUUAAAAUUUCAACAAUGGCGAGAAAAGUUUCCUGAGUCUUACUAUGAAGCUUUCAUUGGUUUAUGCAUACCGAAACUUUUAAGUCCCCUGAUACGAGCUCAGUUAAUUGAUUGGAAUCCUCUUAAGUUUGAUUCCAUAGAUUUAAAACAGAUGCCAUGGUUCAGAUCUAUAGAAGAAUUUAUGGAUAACAGUAUGGAAAAUUCAAAGGAAGAUAGUUCUGAUAAGAAAAUCUUAUCUACUGUCAUCAACAAAACAAUUAUUCCUCAUCUUACAGACUUUAUAGAAUUCAUAUGGGAUCCCUUGUCGACCUCACAGACAAGAAGUUUAAUAACACACUGCAGAAUGAUUCUUGAAGAACAUUCCACUUGUGAGAAUGACGUUAGUAAAGGCAAACAGGAUUUACUUAAAUCCAUUGUUUCAAGAAUGAAGAAAGCAAUAGAAGAUGAUGUUUUUAUUCCUCUGUAUCCAAAGAGUGCUAUAGAAAACAAAACGUCUCCACAUUCAAAGUUCCAAGAAAGACAGUUCUGGUCAGCUCUAAAGCUCUUCCACAAUAUUCUUCUUUGGAUUGGACUUGUCCCAGAUGACACCUUGCAAGAGCUAGGACUAGGAAAGCUACUAAAUCGUUACCUUAUCAUAGUUCUUCUUAAUGCCAUUCCUGGGCCAGAUGUUGUUAAAAAGUGCAACCAGAUAACAGCGUAUUUACCAGAAAAAUGGUUUGAAAAUUCUGCCAUGAGAACAUCUAUUCCCCAGCUAGAAAACUUUAUCCAGUUUUUAUUGCAGUCUGCACAAAAAUUAUCUAGAAGUGAAUUCAGGGAUGAAGUCAAAGAAAUUCUUCUUAUUCUGGUGAAAAUACGAGCUUUGACUCAAGCAGAAUCCUUCAUAGAAGAGUAUCAUCUAGACCACCUUAAAUCAGUAAUUAACCAAGUUUGAGUAAAUUCUGUAGACUAAAAUAGAUUUUAGGAUAGUCACAUUUGGCUCCUUUGCUGGUGGGAGAAAAAAGCUGGUGCCUCUUCUUUAUUCCUAGUAAUGGAGGCGAGGAUUAAAAAAAAAAACAAGAAUGUUGUCCCUCCGCUGCGUCUGUGCCAGGAAAGGCUGCCCUCCUGAUCCUGAUUCUGUGGUGUUUGCAGGAGUUAAGUACACAGGGCAGUUAAGAGUUGAACAUAUCCAUUUGCCUUGGAUUCUUGUGGCAGCUAUUCCAGUUUAAGAGGGGAGUUGGCGAAACCUUGAUUGUAGCUGCUUUGGCUCCAGUGGGUCUUCUGUCCGGAUCCACAUACACAUCUUUUAGUUCUCUUCAUUGAAAUGAUAUCUAUCUAUAGAUAAGUUAAAGUGGACAUCUUAAUUGGAAUGAAUUAUUUAUUAAGUAUUAACUGAUUAAGCAUUUUAAGGCUUUGAUAAUUUUGAUAACAAAUCGUCCUUCAGAAGUCUAUACCAGUGUAUUGCACCAACACAAGUGCAGGAGAGGCCAGUGAAUCUCCCCAGCAAUAGAUAUUAUCAUUUUUUUAAGUCGCUGUAAAUUUAAUAGGUGAAAAAUAUUUUAAUUAUGUGUUUGGGCUGUUAGAGAGUGAAUGCUUGUUGUUUUGGGCCAUUUGUAAUUCUUUUUGACAUGUCCAUUUAUCGUUUAUGGAUUUGUGAGAGCUUCAUAUAUUCAAAGAUAAUGUUUUCCCUGUCCUGUGUCAUUUGCCAUUUUUCUUUUAAUAUUGUGUAUAUUUUUAGUAUAAUAAGUCAUUACCUGUUAGGUAGUUACUCUUUUUUUUGUUAUAGUUUUUGUCAUUGGUGGUAAAUUUAGACAAGAAAUAGGUAUUUUAUUCAGAACAUGGGAUUCAUUUUCUGAUAGAAUAUUUGUGUAAUUAAGAAAAUCUGAGGCAAGAGUUGGGGUUGAGAAUAUUUUUAAAGCAAGAGUUUACUAAUAAUAUUUCUUAAAUCUAUUUGUGAAAUAACCUAGUGGCGACCCUAAAUAUAUAUUUUGCACAAAAGAUAAUCAGGAAAAAUUUAUUCUAUUGUAGGAUUUGAGCAUGUGGCCUCUGACACUGUCACCCCUAGCUUUGAAGCUGCAUAUAUUUUAAAGGGUUGAUGUGUUACCCACUGAACGAAGACUCAUGAUUCACUUGAUGAACAAUUUUUUUAAAGUUUAUUUUAGUUACAAAAAUUAUACAGGAAUGGAAUCUCAUCUAAAAGAUUCAAGCCAUUGCCAAAAAGCAUUUAGCAUUUCCACACAGUUAUUGUUCCCAGAGGUCAUUGCUGUUUUUGUUUCAUUGUUACUCUUUUAGACCUUUUCUCUGUUUACAGAAGUGUGUGUGUGUGUGUGUGUAGCUUUGUUGUUUACAUAAA